AUUUGAAAGCUUUUUGCCUGUUUGUCUCUGCAGACAACAAUGAGUGUCUGACCGGAAAUGGCGGCUGCUCUCACUACUGCAACGAUCUGAAGAUUGGCUACAACUGCUCCUGCCCUGCUGGAUACAGGCUGAAGGCCGACAACAAAACCUGUGAAGACAUUGACGAAUGUGCUGAGCCAGACACUUGCACUCAGAUCUGCAUCAACUUGCCAGGCAGCUACAAGUGUGAUUGUGAAGAGGGCUAUAUGAUUGACCCUGUGACCAAAACUUGCAAGGCUGAUUCAGGCACAGUGCCCACCUUGUACUUCACCAUCAAACACGAGGUGAGGAAGCUGACAGUGGACCGCAGCGAGUACGUGCGUGUGAUCCCACAGCUGAAGAACGCAGUGGCUCUCGACAUGGAUAUGGCAAACAAGAUGAUCUUCUGGUCUGACCUGUCUCUGAAGAAAAUCUACAGCUCUAUGAUAGAUGUGGCUGGCAAUUCCUCUCACCACAAUGUGGUGGUUGAAAGUGGGAUAGAGGCCCCAGAGGGCAUUGCGGUGGACUGGAUCCAUGGCAACAUCUACUGGACUGACAGUGUUUUGAAGACUAUUUCUGUAGCAACAACGGAUGGCGGUAUGAGGAAGACCCUGAUCGCAACGGACCUGGACAAGCCACGAGCCAUCACAGUCGAUCCAGUAAACAAUUUGAUGUACUGGACAGACUGGGGUGAAGAAGCUAAGAUUGAGAAGAGUGGGCUGAACGGUGCAGAUCGCACUACUUUAGUAAAAGACAACAUUGUGUGGCCGAAUGGCAUCACCCUGGGUAAGCACAGCUUCCUGAAUGCAUUUUUAGCAGUGAUUUUUAUUUACUGUGUA